UUCAGCAACCUUUUGUUUCCAUUUAUUAACGUCAUUAUAUUCUUUUGGGAUCCUAAGUUCCCCCAACAGCUUUGUUUCUGUGCACUUUCAUCUUGUCGAUGUUCUAAAAUGGUGGCUCCGAGGAAUGUGUUGAGGGACGAGGAGAGUGUUGCGGCGGUGUUGUUGAGCAUCAGCAGCAAGGAAGAUGACGAUUCUCCGUCGGGGAAAAGGUUAAAAUCGGAGAGGUUCCCCGUUUCAAGGUGGGAAUUGGCUGCCUUUUUCGGGGUUUUCUUGAUUUUUUCUACCGGCUUGUUCUGCAUCUACCUGACCAUGCCCGCUACCGAGUAUGGGAAACUCAAGAUCCCUCGUUCCAUCUCUGAUCUGCGAUUGCUCAAAGAUAAUAUUGCAACAUAUGCAAAGGAUUACCCAACACAAUUCAUUUUGGGUUACUGCUCAACUUAUAUCUUCAUGCAAACUUUUAUGAUUCCUGGAACGAUUUUCAUGUCUUUGCUAGCUGGAGCUCUCUUUGGUGUUAAAGUCCUUUUCUUGGUUGUCUUCAAUGCCACAGCUGGAGCAUGCUCCUGCUUUUUUCUAUCAAAGCUGAUUGGCAUACCUUUGGUCAGUUGUUUGUGGCCUGAUAAAUUAAGGUUUUUUCAAGCUGAGGCUGGCCUCACACUUGGGGAUCUCAGGUCUGUUAAGGACCUCUAUGAUUUCAAGACCUUGUCCGUGCUUUUCCUUAUCGGGAUGGUCUCCAUAUUUCCUACCCUUCUGAAGAAAAAGAAGAUAUAUGAAUAA